AAAGAAUCGCCCUGGACCUGUUCAGAGGCCCCCUCGCGGCCUUCCCUUCCUGCUGCAGCCGCGGCCUUUCCUGUUGGCGGAGGCCGAGGGCGAGGCCUGGUGGCCGGCAUGGCGGUGGUGCGGGUGGUGCGCCUGGGCCGGGCCCCCUUGGCCGCCUCUCUGGAGGCGCAGGAAGGCCUGGUGAGGCUCCAGCGGGAGGAAGGAGGAAAAGGCCCCGAAGGCCCGGCGGGGCGCCUCCUCCUGUGGGAGCCCGAGGCCCCAAUCUACACUGUAGGCCUGCGCGGCCUAGGCGCCGGCCCCGCAGCCCCGGACUGGGAGUCGGAGCGUGGCCGGCUGCGCGCGCUGGGGGCCGGGCUGGUGCGGGUGCGGCGCGGGGGUCUGUCCACCUUCCACGGUCCCGGGCAGCUGGUGGCCUUCCCGGUGCUGGACCUGCGGAGGCUGCCCGGGAGGCCCCCGCUGCGCGCCUUCGUGGCCCAGGCCGGAGAGGCCGCGGCCCGGCUCUGCCGAGGAGAGCCCUUCCGACUCCGCCACGCCCGGACCAGGCCUCCGCCGCACACCGGAGUCUGGCUCCACGGAAGGAAGGUCUGCGCCAUCGGUGAGGAAGGGGAACGAAGCAGGGAUAGCGAGGAAGAAAGGAUGGGUCGCUGCGUCCAGUGUGGGCAGCACAUCACCUCCCACGGCCUGGCUCUGAACUGCUGCACCGACUUGACGUGGUUCGACCACAUUGUUCCCUGUGGCCUGGAAGGGACCGAGGUGACCUCCCUGAGCAAAGAGCUGCAGAGGCACGUCUCCGUGGAAGAAGCUCUUGAGCCCUUUCUGGACGCCUUCCAAGAGGUCUUUCAGUGCACUUUAAUUGAGGACGAGUCUCCCAGGACAAAAGAGAGAGAAAUAUGAAGCAUACUGGGUAUAACACGCUUGGGCGAGCUUGGGCCCUCCUUCCAGGUGUUUUGGACUCCAACUCCCACCAUUCCUAACAGCCUCAGGCCCUUUCCUUUCCCCCCUCAGCCUCUUAAGUUGUAGUCAUAGAACAAUCACAUAGUCUUGUGAUUGUACUGAGCAUGUUCAGACGCAGGACUCCUUUUUGUUAGCAGUUUGCAUCAGACCUGAGAGGGAAAAGGAAGGGGCCUGAGGCUGUUAGGAAUGGUGGGAGUUGGAGUCCAAAACACCCGGAGGGAGGACCCAGCUUGGCCCAUGCCUUGCUUUAUAAUAAGGGUUAUCUUCCAUUGUUUACACUACAAACAUUGGCCUUCUCAAUAAAGUGUGGGAAUUGUGUCCAUUGGGACACGACAUUCAAAACCCCGUGACACAGAGGUUUCAGUGUCUCCAAUAAAAAACUACAUUUUCCAGGAA